UAUUCAGCAGUACUGUGUCAAAAACCAGGUGAUCGAUACAGACCAGUUGGAUACUUUUCCACAAAGAUUCCUGUCACUAUGAUUGGGCAACCACGAUGUAUACAAGCCCUCGUUGGUGCCACAUGGGCAGUGGAUGCUGUUGAGAAUCUGAUAGGAGCACAAACUAUCAUAUUGCACACUCCACACAGUAUAGUGACACUGUUGAACAACACGAACAUCAAAACCAUAACUGAUGCAAGAAGAGCAAAAUGGGAAGCAACUUUGUUGAACAAGGAUUUAAGAGUGGAAAUCAUCAGGGACACGUCUGUUAACCCUGCAACAAUGAUGCUGGAACCACAUGAGGGAAUACCACAUGAGUGUGAAAAACAAGUAGAAGAAGAUAGUCUUUGUCCAGUUAAUCCAAUCCCUCUUGAAAACCCAGACAAAGAGUUAUGGGUUGAUGGAUCCAGUUAUUAUGUUGAUGGAAAACGACAUACUGGAUGGGCUGUAGUGAAAGGAGAUGGAACUGUUGUAAAGAAAGGAGCCCUUUCUGGGAAAUUUUCAGCACAAGUAGCUGAACUUAUAGCACUUACAGAAGCCUUUGAACUAUCAGAAGGAGAUCGAGUCAACAUCUAUACAGAUAGUCGUUAUGCUUUUGGCGUGGUCCAUGACUACCUUGCUCUGUGGAAAAGACGUGGACUUAUCACUAGCAGUGGGAGCGAAAUACAACAUGCUUCCAUAAUUCGUCGUUUGAUUACAGCAUGUUACUUACCCCGAGAAGCAGCCGUGAUCAAAGUAAAAUCACAUCAAUCUGACAAGUCCAAAGAAAGUCAAGGAAACACGGCAGCAGAUGCAGCAGCUAGAGAAGCCGCUCUACUUCCUCUUACUCCUGUUACCUCGGUAAAGGAAAACAGCAAGGAUAAUCCUGAGCUCCAUCUUCUGUCAUAUCAAUUGGAGACAGAUGAAGAGAAAGAACAAUGGAUAAAAGCGGGAGCGAAAGAGGAUGAUCAAGGUAUCUGGAGAAUUCCAACAGGACAAGUGGUGAUGCCUAUCGGAACAAGAAGAGAACUAAUGCAGCUGUAUUAUGGAAAGGUACAUGCUGGAGCAAAAGCAAUGAAAUCUCAAAUCAGUGAGACUUGGUGGUGGCCAAGAAUGAUGAGAGACAUUGAUGAUUACUGUAGGAGAUGCUUGAUAUGCCUCAAAGCAAAUGUGGGAAAAUCUGUAAAGGUGCGAAUGUCACAUGCACCCAGACCAACAGGUCCAUGGACACACCUCCAAAUUGAUUUCACAGGACCUUUAUCACCCAGUGGAGGGUAUCAAUACAUAAAAGCUACUAAAGACAAUAAUAAGAAAGUGCGAGAAGCUCAACAGCAAUGGGAUGAAAAACACACCACUACUGACAUUCCACCGAGUUAGGCAGUUUUGUUAUGAUCAAACGAAUUGCUAGGAAAGGUUUAGAGCCUAGAUGGGAAGGACCAUAUGAGAUACUCCUAACUACUGAUACAAGUGUUUGUCUCAAAGGGAAGGGUGUAGGAACAGAUAGAUGGUAUCAUUGGUCACAAGUUAAACCUUGCUUAGUGAAU